AGCCAAUGAAUCUUAGUUCAAAAAAAUAAUUAUUUGUAUCACUUUUAUAAAGCUAAAAACUGAAAACGGGUCCCACAGACCCGAACACCUUAUAAGGGUUAAAUAACUGCUCAUGGCCAAAAGAUGGCAGCACGGGAGGAGGUCUCUCAGAUCAAAGCCAAUCAGAGCACAUACUACGUCAUAUAGGCCACGCCUACUCGUGAUCUACUCAGAGCAGGACCCCGGCCCGAGGAGGGAGAGAUACUCUAGAGGCGGCGCAACCUCGGGUGCUCUGCUAAGCGUCGCUCCGCGCGUCAAUAUACGAUUCCCCUCCUUUUGCUUCAUAGUUACCAUACCGAAACUAGGGCAAAUAAAGUGAGUUAAAAGCGAUCCUGACUCGAGUACAUUUUCUAAAUAACGCAACAAUUUGGAUGGUGACACCGAACGUGAUUCUAAGGUCCGAGACUCGGUGACGCGCACCGGGCGAGACGCUCAGCAUCCCUUCAACAGGCGCCACAUAACAGGCGGUAGCCCGGUAGCCAUCGCUGUCCCUGAUGUCGGAGCAAGCAUUCCUCCUCUCCGUCUGAAUCCUGAUUGGGUGUCCCAGCAUCUAGGAUGAAUUUUAGCAACAAGUCUGCCACAUCGAACGAGACCAGCCGGAACCCAUGUCGAUACAAAGAGGACUUCAAGCACCUGCCGCUGACCAUCUUCUACUCUUUAUUCUUCUUAUUCGGCAUCUCCCUGAACGCCAUGGUGCUAGUCUUCAUCACGUUCCGCACAAAGCACUGGACCCCGUUCAUCAUCUACAUGCUCAACCUGACCAUGUGCGAUUUCUUGUUCGUCUUCAUGCUUCCCUUCCUCAUCUACUACUACGCGGGUGCCAACGACUGGCCCUUUAGCGAGCCCGUCUGCAAAAUCGUACGCUUUUUCUUCUACACCGACCUCUAUGGCUCCAUUCUUUUCCUGUCCGUCAUCAGUCUGCAUCGCUUCAUUGGCAUCUGCUACCCGGUCCGUUCCCUCAGCUGGCUUAGCAUUCGACGCGCCAAGCUGGUGUCCGUUGGCGUGUGGGCCUGUGUGCUCUCCGGUCAGGCCCCCGUUCUCUACUACUCGUGCACCAGGAAGUACCGCGAAGGCUUUUUUUGCGUCGGCACCACGGGCCCUGAGGUCUACUAUGAACUCCUGGUCUACAGUUCUGUGAUCUCAGUGGUGAUGUUCGCCGUGCCCUUCAUGGUGGUCAUGGUGUGCUACAGCCUGAUGGUGCGCAAGUUGCUGGGGCCCAGCUGGGGAUCGGGGGAGCGCCAGCAAGGGCUCCGGGCGGCCCACCGCACCAAGCAGAAAUCGGUGAAGAUGAUCAUCAUCGUGCUGAUGACGUUCAUGUUCUGCUUCCUGCCCUUCCACCUAACCAGGAGCCUUUUCUACUCCUUCCGAUACCUCAGGGAUAAGCACCCAGAGCAGAUAACCUGUGAACUGCUGGAGGGGUCCAGCAUAGCCUACGUGUUGACCAGGGUGAUGGCCAGCGCCAACAGCCUAUUCAACCCCAUCCUCUACUUCAUGGCUGUCCGAGGCUUCCGAAAAACCACGAAGAAGCAUAAACAACCUGACAACGGCCUUCCAGAAUGUGCAAAUACAGCGUUGAUGACAUCAUUAUGACAUUUUACUUUACCAGAUUCCACCAAAUCUAAAAAGCUUUGUUCUCUAUGAAAAACCACUAUGCUAGAGCCGUGCUGAAACAGUGUUAUGGUAGCAAAUCACUGACAUUUUUUCAUUUUAAAAGCCAUUGAAUUUUGUAUAAGGAAAUUUAACACCCUUGAAUUCAUUCCAUUGAAUUAUCUACAUAUUAUACUUUGAAAGAAAAGUCAUCUGAAUGUGUUCCUAUUCACCUCCUUGAAGAAAUAUAUUUAAAUUGCAGAUAUUCAAAAAAAGAAUCAUAACACAUUUAAGUAGUCAAAAUACGGUCUGUCAGUCAAGUACUGAAAGGAACUUGAGAAAUGAAUGAACAAGGAGAUAGGAGAACGAUGGCUGAGUUGUCCGGUUUUGUUUUGGUCGAACGGGAUGAACCCAAGCGCAGACAACGCAGGUUGAAUUAAACUGGAGGUUUUAUUGCAGGGAGGACGAGAGCAGUAGGGAACAAACAGGAGGUGGACAGACAAGGAUGGAUGACAGGCAGGCAGGGCUACUGGCAGGAAGGCAGGCGGAUGAGCACACAGGUUGGAUGGCGGGCGGGUAUGGGGGUUUGUGAUCCUGGGGUAAGAACAACAAGGAGAUUAGGAACAGGAUAAACAUAGAACACAAAAGGUAUUUAGAAAUACAAAACUUCCCUAGUGCCGAGACUGGGUAUCUACCACAGUGGCUGAAACAACGAUCUGGCGAUGAGUAGCUAAAGAUCCAGGGUUUAAGUAGGGCAGAGAUGAUGACUGGAGAUGGAUGGCAGGUGUGCAAGUCAGAUGUAACAGUAGCAAAAACAGAUGUAGAGCCGGGGAAAACGAGGGAACACCUUGCCCAAGAGGGAAGAGCAGAGCAUCUGCUGGGUAUGGCCACGGCCAUAACAGGUUUGAGUCGUUGUUACGUUUGUGUAACCGCCUAUAUCUAACUUGUGAUAAGCUGGUUGCUAUGUAGAAAAUUGAUUCUUCCUUGGAGCGGUAUUAUGUGAUUCAGAACGUGACUGAAGUGUGAUAUAUCAGAUUGAAGUACCCAUUGCAUACAGACAGGAUAUUCUAUCGCUUGCUCAUAGCAUCGUGAGGUCUGGUCAUUAAGGUAUCACAAAAACCUACGAUAGGAUUCUAAGGCACUUAUUUUGGCCAGGUACGAAAGGCGAUGUAGCUGUCUGCCGUACUUGUGACUGCCGUCACACCUGGUAGGUCACAGGAAAACCAAACCAGGUUAUUCUCCCCGCUCCCCUCUGUCCGAUACCUGUGUUAGGUGAGCCCUUCAGCAUGUGUAAGUCGAUUGUGUUGGCCCAUUGCCUAGGACGGUUUAUAUUGACGAUAAUGUGUGUUGCUACUAGAGCUGGGAGGACUAAUCGACAUAAUCGACAUGAAUAAUUUGCGUUGACGCGUCGCCUCCCACCCCCACUCUCACUCCAGUCCAGUUGUGGAGGUAAAUAUGCAACCCGGUAUCACGCGAUUUCGUGCUCAUGCACACGAACGUUAAUCUAUUGAAGCGUGUUCCAGAGCACGA